AUGGACGCAAAACUCUCCGACUGGGAUACCCAGGUUUCAAAAGUUCGAGUGAGUGUUCGCUUUGAUAUGGCAGCUCCACCUGGAUACAUCAACGGAGAGCUCAGAAUGCGAUCUUUUGAUUAUGUGCUCAGUCACUCGACACUGCGGCACUGGGACUAUGAUGCCAUUGCGUCUUUUAGCGUCACUGCGUCAGGANUGGUUUACGAUCUCUUGGUGACGCAGCGGCAUUACCAUCAAUACGACAUGUCUGGCGGUGGCUCUGGAUGUCGUNAUACUGUCAUAUUCACGCUGGCUAGUGUGGGAUGGAUUCGCUCCGACGCUGCGGCAUCUCUCUGGCCAGACCUUUUGUUCAAAUACUCGUCUCGUCAAGACCGGACGCCCCUUUCUAUGGUGUACGGGACCUUUUACUAG